CUUCACCGCCAAGACCCGCGCACAUUCAGUCUGCCUUCUAACUGAAUCUUUUCGAAAGGAAAUCACCAGAAAGGCGUUUUCGUCAAUCGUCGUUGAUAAACGGGAACUUGUUGGAUGCAGUUUGACAGUUUUCUAAAGACUGCAGAUGAAGUAUAUCGCAUUUAAGUACAGGAAACGAGACAAAGAGCGCCUUUUAUGCAGAACUGAAACCUGCGCCGAUGAAGCUCUGGCUCUUUCCUUGCAUCUCUGGCAGCUUCGACUGAGGCAUAUGCCCUGGCUGUCUGUGAACUGAGGAGAUGGAGAGCUCGCCUUCCACAGUGAGGCGGCGAGCCUGGAUCAACAGCAGCCGACAGUGGGUCACUUUGGAGGAACCUGAAGGACCACUUGGCACGCUUCCAUCUGCCUCUAUAGCGGACGAUGAUGUGUUUUCUGACGGAUACCUUACAGGAAAGAUUGAGAACUGGCUUCUCGGUUGUGGGUCAGAUGCGUGCUCGGAGAAAAGCGGUCAGCUGAGUUUUGAGUCUGUGCGCCAAGCCAGCAACUUUGCCGAUGACCUGAGUCUUGGAGCGGAUGCUUCUGGGUUACAUGGGGGAGAAGCUACAUCUGAGCCUAGCUUGGCACGGCAGCCGUCCUUUAAACAACACAACAGGCUCGCCAGUACCCCUCGUCAAGGUCUGUGUUUGCCAUCGCUGAACUUGGGCCACAGCAUAGCUUCUAGCUGCCUCUCCUCCUCAACCUGGAAAAGUACAUCAACUGUAUCGGAGGUCCUCGAGUUGCGUUCAGAGGAUGCGGAGGAGACUUUGUACGAGCUGGGUUUCGGCUGUGAAGAGCCGCAGGUCACUGUGCGCAUCCCGCCUCGCUUCUUUACCUUUCCCUCUCAGGCUCAGGGCAUCAACUUCCGCCUCUUCCUGGACUCACAGAUACGGCGGAUAAGAGAGGAGGACCCCAGCCUCUCUCUUGCUAGUCGUUUCAGACAAGUUCAAGUGCUCACAGCAAUGGCCAAUGCUUUCUAUUCCCUUUACUCCCACGUGUCUCGGACUCCUCUCCAGAAACUUUCCACACCAGAGUUUACCUUCUCUUCUCCUGUGGAGAGGAUCGAACGGUUCAGAAGCAGCAUUCGUAGUGAGCCACGAUCUCCGGUGGAGAGGCUGAAGGACACUGUCAAUAAGAUGUGUCUCUACACGGGCACUCCCCGGGGGUCAGACUCCACUUCUCCACAGCCGUCUCCCAGGAAAAGAUCCAGCCUCCCGGAUGUUGUGGAUAUAGUGUGGAAAGUCAAGACUGGCGUUAACAAAAAGCUGGAUUUAGAAGAAUGUAACGGGAAUAAUUCAGCUAUGGAUGUUAGGCCGAUCACAGAUGAUGCAAAUGGGCAGGAAACUCAGCAGUCAACGGAUACAGACAUUCUCAAGAACAGAAAUAAAACCUAUCAAAAGCAGUUGGAGGAUGAUAAUAAACAGGCAGAUAAUGUUGACCCUUAUGAAAAUAACGUCAAACUAACAGACCCUGACUGCAUGACUCAGAGUGUAAGAACAUCUGUAGCAUCAUCAUUAUCAGAAGAAACUGUGAUAGAAACCCAAUAUGAGUCACUUCCGUGUCAGCCAGAGACAGGCUCAUGUUUGACACAAAGUGACAAAAGAACAGCUGAGCUAAAACUUGCUGCCAAGGUUACAUAUGAUUCAAUCUGCCCCCAGAUAGUUGAGAGCGUACACCGGGCACCGUUUUGCUGUCAAAGCACACGCAGUCUGGAAAGUUUGACUUAUAUCCUCUCUGAGAGCGAAAGCACAGGUAGAUCCUAUUCUGGAUCACAGAAAUCCAGUAUGCAAACCUCCAUGGCUAAGCCUAGUGGGGACUCGGGCAGAGACAAUUUUGCCUCUUCAGGUGAAGCCACACAGGAUGACUCGUCUAGAUCACUUCCUGUUCUGGAACCCAGUGGUAGCUAUAGUCAUUAUUGCAUAACUGUGACUGGCUGGGAAGAUGAUGCUGUUUCUUCCUCUUCUUUAAAAACCCCAGAUUACAAUCAUGCUCCACAAGUCUCCUAUGCUGAGAAACAUAAAAAGUCAGUUUCUGAGAGGCAAGGACAGUAUCUGAAUCCUCGGAUGCAUCAGACCCUGGGCAAAUUCUCCAGUAACCUUCAGCAGGUUAAUUCCUUUGAGAUGGAAGAGGUGCAUAGUGCAGGAGAAGAAGAUUUUGGACAGUCAGAAACUUCGAGAACUACAACAUCACCAUUUUCAAAAAAACAUCAAUAUAAAGGUGAAGUGGUCCGGGGUGACAGUAUGCAGUCCGACAGCAGCGGCUACGCGGACGAAGAAGUCAGCCCCUCAUCAGACAGACACAGCAGAUGACAGAAAGCUCAUAUAAACAUUUACAGCAGUAUUUGUCAUCAGUGGAUGUGAGUUUGUUAAAUGCUGGAAAAUUCAUUCAGCUCAGAGCUUUAUGUCAAAAAAUAUCAGCGUACUGUAAGACUUGGUCAUGUCAAGGUUUUAUAGGGGUUUUUUUCCACUGAGAAAAUUUUUGAGCAAAGCAUGUUUCUCUCUUGUUCUCAUAUUUAACAAAGAGUAUGUAUUGUAUUGUAAAUAAGUAAAUUCAACAGUGUACUGUAUUUUUAUUUAAAUGGCUAUGGUCAAAAUGUAGGUGAAAGAAUGUAUUACAAUUGAAACCAAAGACCAUGGAGCUAACAUUUUAUUUACGUUUUAUUUUUGUGCCACAGUAGAGGAGUCUCACAAGUUUAAUGUCAGUAUCGACAUCAGUUUCAUGGUGCUGUGUUUAUAUCAAGAACCUUGAACUCGAUGCCAGUAUGAAUAAAAAUACACAAAUGUGGUCAUCCUUCACUGUGCAAAACAUUUUUUCUUCAGUAGUGCAAACUUUACACUGUUUUCAAUAAUUAGGUGACUUCGAGGUAUUUUACCAACUAAUAUGCAGCAAGUUAGGCAAGUUGAAGGGACACAGCAGGCAGUUACAGAAUAUACUUUGGAAAACAAGCAUCAGCUUUUAACUGGAAUCUUUUCAGUGAUAUUGGCAGAAAAACAUAGGAAAAUU